AUGGACGUCACACACUGCGACACGAAUAACAGGAUAGAACAUAGCGAUCAGGAUCAAAGCGAAAAGAAAUAUAAACAAAGUCUACCUAGCAAACAACCACACGAAUGGUUGAAAUGGCUACCUUUGCUUGAACCCCUAGAACCAAAUGAGACAGACGAAGUUUCUUACAGAAAUACAUCUGAAAUUAAGGAAGCGACUAAUGCUCAAUUCAACGAUCCAGACGAAACUAAUUGGCAUGUUGAGUGCUCUGAACCACCAAAUUCCAUCCAGUCUCCCAGUUCUAGAACAAAUACAAAUAAUUGCCUGCGGCCAAACCUGAUAAAUUUUCGGCAGCAUCGUUCGAACCGUCGCCCUCCGGACUGGCUCAAACAUUUCGACCUAGUCAACCAGUACGUAAUACCUGACUUGGCAUAUACAUCUUUUGGUCCAAUUUCUAAUCGUUUGAAUGAGUCUGAAACCAUCCCGGUUAGAAUAACCAACCGUCGACUAGUACAGAGGUCUACUAACCAAAAACUCAGUCAUAACUUAAUACUUAUUCCAAUAAGGAAAAACAAUAUAUGUGAAUCAUCAAUUGCCUACUCAGUUCCAUCUAUACUCUUAACCAACGCAUGUCAUGUAACGAACAAAAUAACUGAACUCUCUGGAAUUGCUGCAGUCAAUAACCCCUCCUUGGUCAUAAUUACAGAGUCUUGGCUGAAUUCAAACAUCCCGGGUGCUGCUGUGGAAAUAAGCAAUAAAUUCAAUGCACAUUGUCGUGAUCGUCCCACGCCUGGUGGUGGUGUCUUAGCCUACGUGAAUAACAAAAUACCAACUACCCGCCUAAGAAAUCUUGAAGAGGAUGGGAAAGAAGUUCUAUGGCUCUUACUUAAACCGCCCAGAACCCCCAGGCCCUAUAGUGCGAUAAUAGUUAUUGGUGUGUACUACCCACCUGGACAGACAACUGAAGAUGAAAGAGCAAUGUACGAGUAUGUUACUAACGGACUUGACAAAAAAUUUGCAGGACCACCCCUCAGCUGGCGUAAUUAUCGCCGGAGAUUUCAAUAAAAUGAGACUGAACCCACUAUGUAGACAUUUCAACCUUAAAAAAACCGUACGGGCUCCUACAAGAGGUAGAAAUAUUCUAGACCAAAUCCUUACCAAUAUGCCAGAGCUAUACAACGAUGUUCAACAUCUGCCACCGAUCGGCCGUUCCGACCACCAGUGCUUACUGCUCACCCCAAAGCUGAAACAAAAGGUUAAACCGGUCUCCCAAAAAGUGCGCCUGACGAAAUGUAGUAACCUAAUCGAACUGGGCAUGCAUAUGAAUAGAGAAAACUGGGAAACAGUCUACGAUGCCAGAGAGGUUGACGACAAAGUAAGUGCGUUCACUUGUACUAUCGUGUGCAUGCCUGAUAAAUCGCUGCCUAAACGCACUAUACGUGCCCACCCCUCCGACAAGCUGUGGAUGACACCGCGUAUAAAGCAUGAAAUAAAAGCUAGGCAAAAGGCGUUUACAUCUGGGGAUAUACCAAGGUACAAACUAUUAUGUGACAAAGUUACCUCACUUGUAUCAAAUGCGAAAAAGAAUUACUAUCAACUAAACGCAGAGGGUACACGCGAAACGAAUCCGGCAAAGUGGUACAAAACCAUAUUUGAACUUGCUGCCGCUAAUGACUGUAACUCUCAACCACCAGCUGAUGAUGCAGCAGACUUAGCGGAACGCCUGCAACAAAGCUUCACCAAACCUUGGCAGAAUGCCAAUCCCACUGAAAUUCCGGAUGUUGGGGAACUUGAACACCUACUUAAGAGUGAUACCAGUCCCCCGUUGCCUUCCAUCGGACAAAUUAAGGCUACCCUUAAACAUCUAAAUCCCAGGAAGGCCACUGGCUCAGAUGAGAUCCCUUCAUGGUUACUGAAACGUUACAAUGAAGAACUUGCCCCUGUUAUUCAUAACAUAUGCUCCAGCAUCUCCCAGGCUAAAUACCCAACCCUAUAUAAACACGCAUUGGUCACCCCGUGCCUAAAAUAUACCAUCCUAAUGACAUGGACAAUGAUUUCCGCCAAAUCUCAGUAUUACUGCAAUUGGCAAAAGUCUGAGAAAGCAUCCAACUUAAAUUAA